ACGCUGGCCACAAGGGGGCGCCCUGCGACUGCGUCUGGGCCCGUGCGCUCCAGGCCCCGCGGCGAUGGCCGACGCUGCGCGUUACAGCGCUCUUUGCAGGGCAGGGUUGAGGCUAGAGUACCUGUAUGCAAACUCCACAACACACGACUUUUUAUUUGGAGCCAUCGCUGAACUGAUUGACAAUUCCCGAGAUGCGGAUGCCACCAGACUUGACAUAUAUACAGUGAAUAACGAGGACCUGCAAGGAGGAUUUCUGCUGUGCCUUUUGGACAAUGGAUGUGGCAUGACUCCUCGAAAAACUGUGGAUCUUGUGCACUUCGGAAGAUCCUCUAAGCGGGACAGGCCUGACAUGAUUGGAUGCUAUGGCAACGGGCUUAAAUCAGGGUCCAUGCGCAUAGGGAAAGACUUAAUAUUAUUCACCAAGGAAGAGAAUACAAUGACAUGUCUCCUUUUGUCUCAGACGUUUUGUGAAACAGAAGGUCUCAGUGAGGUUAUAGUCCCAAUUCUUUCAUGGUCAAGUCAUACAAGAGAGCCAAUAAUAGACAAUCCAGAGACGUUUGCUAUACAGUUGUCCAUAAUUUACAAAUAUUCACCUUUUAAGAAUAAUGCUGAACUGGUGAAGCAGUUUGAUGCCAUUUAUGGAAAAACAGGAACCUUGCUGGUAAUAUACAAUCUGAAACUCACUCUCAGUUUUGAGCCAGAACUUGAUAUCCUAACAGAUGAGGAGGAUAUGUUGCUUGCUGUGGCACCUGAGAACCUUCCAGAACGACAGUCGCUGAGAGCCUACACAGCUAUAUUGUACUUAGACCCACGAAUGAAGAUAUUCAUUCAAGCCAAGGAAGUAAAAACCAAGUGUUUGCCACAUUGCUUUUACAGACCCAGGAUGUAUCCAUACAUAUCAUCUUCGUUCAAACACGUUGCUAGAAAUGAACUGCAAAAGGCAGAAAAGGAUGUGAAGGCUGCUGAAGAUGCUGUGAAAGAAGCCAAGUGCACGCUACAGCAGUCACAGGACUCCCUCUUCCAGGAAAAACUUGAGCUCGCAUUAAUGGACGCAGUGGAGAAUGAAAAGAAAAUGAGGGAAACAUUGAAAGACAAGCAGAGAAAUCUGAAACAACCCAAAAAGCUCUUCUUAACAUUUGGAGUCAACAUUCUGAACAGAAGUCAAUAUGGCAUGCUUAUCUACAGCAAUAAACGCUUGAUCAAGAUGUUUGAGAAAGUUGGACCACAGAAGAAUAGAGGAUCUUAUUUUGGUUCCGGAGCUGUAGGGAUCGUGGAUGUGCCGUGCGAAAUCAUGGAGCCAACGCACAACAAGCAGGCCUUUGCAAACACCAGGGAAUAUAACCGCUUGUUGAAGGCAAUGGAAAACUGUCUUGUUCAGUAUUGGAAAGACAUAGGAUUGAGUCAAAAAGAAGAAGCCUUGUUCUGGAACGAUUUUGGGUAUCUGAGUAAGAACUGGUCUGAUAAACCUAAAGAGAGCAUCCAGUACAAGAGAAGGCGGGCCGUGGAAAUCCCUGACAUUGUUCAGUGUGAUAUUUGCCUCAAAUGGAGACUCCUGUCAUAUGACACCAGUAUAAAACACGGAGGGCAUCACGGCACCUGGAACUGCAGACAGAAUCCUAACCCUCUCGAAAAUAAGUGUGGUGCACCAGAAUGUUUGCCCCGCAUCCCUUUGGGCACCUUCAACCCAACUCAGUCAAAGAAUGACAAACAAAAGCUCGUCGUAGAUGCCAUUCGGCAACGUAAAUGGAGGCUGGAAAAUCUGGAACAGAAACUUCACUUGAUACAACCCCAUACAAUUGUCCAGCCUACAGCUGACAGCAAAACUCAUAAGGAUAAGAUGCUGUGCGAGAGAAAAGCUUUUCAUAAAGAUCCACAUCCAGCCUGCAGACGUUUGAUUAAGAGUAGUACAAAUAAAAGACGCACACAGCACUCGAGCCAUCAAAAGGAGCCACCUGCAAAGCAAAUGGCUUGCCCUCAAAGGAGACAGCAUCCUUGUCAGGAAGAAAAAUGUUCCCUUUCAGCGGAGGAGGAGGAGAAGGAUCAUGAUAUAUCAGAGGUGUCACCUAUUGAAACACAAGAUGAAAAGCCAUGUAAUGAAAAGCUUGAGUUCAGCAAAACUGAAGCGGAUAGCAAGCAAGAAAUCAUUUGCAUUAUACUAUCUGACAGUGACACCGAAGUUACGCCAGAAGAUGAAGACGUUAUUUUCCUGUACAAAGAAGAAAAACAGGAAGAGUGUGAUGAAAAGGGAGGCAGUGCAUUCAGCCCAAAUAAUUGUUUUGAUUUUGAGAAAAAACAUUUGCCACCAGCGAACUUGGAAAGUGACUCCAUGGAGACCUCAGAAGACGACAGCAAAGAGCAAGCUCUUGUUGCUGAGCAGGAGUCUAAUGAUGCAGUUUUGCACACAUGUGGGGAUCCCCAGAGCAUUUCUGAAAACAAAAUGGUAGAAACAUUGACAGCUCGCAUCAAAGAGAUCCUGCUAUACUUUUUACCCAAAUGCAAUCUUACAAGAGAACAUCUUUCUUCUAUGACCCCUGAAGACAUUUUAUCUAUGUUCAAGCUGAACAGGGAUUCUGAGCGGAAUAAGGCUGUGCCUGUGGACAUAAUUCAGUAUUUUUCGCAAUAUGAUGAACAACUUUUUGAAAAACUCCUGUCUAUAAGGCAGCAUGGGCUUCUAGCCAAACAAGCUGCUGAAAAAAAGAUUAGUCUGUGUGGGACGCAAAUAAAAGCGACAGAAGGACGAAUUAAGCAUCUGCAGGAGAAAGUAGCACAAUUACUACUGCGCAUCCAUCCACAUCUUCAAAUAGAUAACCAGGAAGACUUUGACAACAUCCUAGAAAAGGUUCUAAAGAAAGACAGACAUGAGAGCAUUGGUCCUUGUGAACAGUUAACACCACAAAAUUAAGCUGAACUUUCUUUGUUCCAUGAAGAAAUUGGGAAGAGUCUUAGCACUUGAUAAUGUAUGGCCAAAAAUAUAAAUAGAUAGCAAACAAGCCACACAGGACACAAUCUUCCUUGAAACCUUAAAUAUUACAGCAGAGCUUGUAGAGGAAAUGAUAUGGAUGGUGUCAUCCUAAGUAUGUUUUGUUCUUUGCCUACCAUAUUUUGGUGGUGUCGCAUCCAGCCCUACUUGCACUGCUGCGGUGUAAUUUCUCUUCAUUUCAGUGGAACACGCCACACAAAUGUGUGGACAUGGUUCAGCCAAAUGGGUCCUUGUGAAUAUUAUGUAGUGGGGGGAAAACACCCUGAAACAUUUGUUGUUGCUUUAAAAGUGAUUUCUGUUUGUUUGGAAAUAAUAACCUCACUAAACAUAAAAUGUUAACUUCUAUGAA